AUGCCACCUCUGAGUGUGAAAGAUCUGACAAUGCCCGCAGCGGCAUUUACAAUGGCUAUAGUCUUGACUGCUCAUGUAUAUAAUUCGAUCAAUCAUGCAAGAUCAGAAGCGAAUAUAGCGAGAGAUCAAAGAUUGAAUGAAGUUGCUGAAAAAAGAAAAGAGAGAUACGAAAAUGCAUUGAAAAGUAUAAAUAACAAGGAGAAAGAGAAAGGAGAGAUUUCAUGA